CUUUGACUCGACAUGCCCCACGACAUAGACACACCCAACUGUCGCAUAUCAUAGCAUUGUGUUUGCCUACCUCGCCUCCGCCGAGACAAGGCAGGCUAUGCAAUCAUGUAAACCACCAGCAGUAUUCAGCCUCCGCUCUGUGGUCCGGCUCCCAAACCUCUCACUACCACUACAAUCACCGUCUCCCUUCGUCCUCCUUCUCCUCCACCACCGAGCCUCUUAUGACCCAGUAUGUCCCCGUGGGACGUACUCUAUCUCAUCACUGCAUGGACCUACAUCGUCUCGUUCAAUUUCACCUACGCCAUCCUCACCAUGGAUCCCAAAGAAAUGGAAGCGCUUCGCAUCCUCCAGACGAUGGACUGACAGACAAGGAAAAGACCAGUUUGCGCGAGCGGCAAAGGUGCAAGGGUUGAAGAGUCGUGCAGCCUUCAAGCUGCUUCAGAUCAAUGACAAAUAUAAACUCUUCAAACCUGGUAUGACGGUGGUGGAUCUGGGAUUUGCGCCGGGAAGUUGGAGUCAGGUCGCAGUCGACUUGACAAAACCACGCGGCCGAGUGCUUGGAGUCGACCUCAUCCCCGUCCAACCACCAAAAGGCGUAUCAACCAUCCAAGGAAACUUCCUCUCGCCAGAUAUUCAAGCCGACAUCAAAUCUUUCCUUCGAGAUCCCGAUCGAGGUCGUCUACGACAAUCACUUCUCCUUGGCGCAGUACCGACAAGUUCCGACGAUCAAAUGAAAAUCGAGGAGACUGAGACCGGAUAUCUCGAACGUCAGCACUCGUCAUCACAGAACUCAGAUCUAGACUCGAGCUCAGAUUCGAAUUCGAAUUCCGAAAUGGAAAAACAACACGCCGACAAAACUGUCGACGUCGUCUUGAGCGACAUGUGCGAGCCCUGGGAUCCGCUUGACGGAUUAUACAGAAGGACUAUCAGUAACCCGUAUUACAGGUUGAUGAAUACUAGCGGGAAUGCAUUUCGAGAUCAUGCGGGGAGUAUGGAUCUCUGUCGCUCAGCCUUGUAUUUCAGCUACGAAACCCUGAAAAUCGGAGGUCAUUUCGUGUGUAAAUUCUACCAGGGUGCCGAAGACAAGGCGUUGGAGAAAAGCCUGAAAGCCAUGUUUCAUAAGGUUCAUCGUGAGAAACCGGAAAGUUCGAGAAGUGAAUCCAAAGAAGCAUAUUUUGUUGGAAUCAAGAGAUUGGCCAAGGUUGAUAAGGAGGCGGUUUUUAAAGAGUAAGGCAGUGAGUGAGUGCAAAUUCUGAUGAUGAUUCGGUGUACAAAUACCAGGAGGAUUCGACCUGACAUGAAGACUUCGUCCUAUCCUAAUCAUGGUCCUUGAUAUAAAUACUGUAACAUAGCAUAACAUAAAAUAGAGUGGUUUGGGUAUCUAUAUAUAUAUCAUAAGACUCAUACUUG